CAGCAGAGGACUGGGCUUCAAAAAACACAGACAGCUGCUGCGCUAGGUAGGCUGAUCUCAUCUGUCGGUGUGUUUGUGCUCGGCUGCACUCACAUUAAAAUAGGUGAGAUUUCUGACAGUUGUCGGUGCUGCUUGGACAAUAUGACGACCGGACUCUUCAGGACGGCUGCAGGUGUUGUCGAUGAAGGAGGAUUUUGCUAAUUUUAAGAACACCACCGAAAUCGGAAACUAUCGGAUUUAGUUUAGUUGACCCGUUUCACGCCCUACCUGGCUCUGUUCCUGUGGGAUUCUCUGAUCCACCGGCUGGCUGCUAAUCUGUCUCCCUGGUGAAAACUCAUGACCUCACAUCCUUGUGUCCUGAUGCAUCGGUAAUAUGGGAGAGUGGUGGACAACUGAGACAUCUAUGGAAAACUAUGAGAUCUCCAGCAUAUCACAUGUGACAAUGUCACCCUCGAGACGGAACAAUCUUGUGUCGAUGUACUCUUUUCCCUUCUCCAAAAGCUCCUACAGUGAGCUAAGUGCCUUUUGCAUCGAGGAUAAUAUUCCUCAAUGUAUUUCAUACAUCAAUCAGGAGCUUGCCUCGCUGGGCCUCUCUUCCACAUGUAUUGAGGCCAUCUCACCAGGGGGCACCGGUCUGAGCACAGUGCCAGCUCUGAAUGCCAUGUAUGAGCUGCUACAGAUUCACAGACGAAAUAUGUGCAAUUUAGAGGAGCUCGAGAGAGAACAUCUGAGGAAAUCCAGCACCUUGGAGCAUGUACAGAUGAGCAACACCAGACUCAAGGAUCAGUUGGAACUGUCCAUAAGGGAGAAGUCGGGCCUACAUGAAACGGAGAGGCAGCUACAACUCAAAAUUAAAACUUUGCAGAGCUGCUUAAAAACAGAAAAAGAUGAGGUCCAGAAGCUCCAGAGUGUCAUUGCUAGCCGUGCCUCACAAUACAGUCACGAUGCCAAGAGAAAAGAGAGAGAAGCUGUAAAGCUCAAGGAGCGCCUCAGCCAGCUGCUGGUUGACCGAAAGGAUAAGAAACUCGCUAUCGAUGUACUUAAUUGCUUGGGACGGGCAGAUGGAAAAAGGAGACACUGGAAGACUACAAAAGCAACAUCCAGCCACGAGAACGAGAUGUACAAGUCUUUGCUCAGUGACUACGAAGCGAGCCAGAGGUCCUUGAUGCUGGAGAACGCUGAGCUUAAGAAAGUUCUCCAGCAGAUGAAGAAAGAGAUGAUGCAUAUCCUAAGCCCACGCCAGCCCUCCAUCAGAGGAGCCACUGCUGAUGAGAGCCAGGAGCAGGCUGACUUGGAUGGGGAGAAGGGAGGUGACACCAGCAGGGAAUCCCUGGACCAGUACUGUGAGCAUGCUAGGGAACAGCUCACCAAUAGCAUCCGCCAGCAGUGGAGGAAACUGAGGAACCAUGUGGAGAGACUAGAUAGCCAAGCUUCCCAAGCACAGAAUCAGCUGGAGUCUAAAGAGGUGAUCCCACGGGAAACCCACGAGGAUGAGAUGGAGAGGAUGAGAUGUGAAGUCCAGCAGUGCAAAGAGUUCAUUCACGCACAACAGCAGCUCCUCCAGCAACAACUCAACACAUCAUUUGAUGAUGAGACUGCAGCUCUACUUAAUGAUUGCUACACACUGGAAGAGAAAGAGCGUCUCAAAGAGGAAUGGAAGCUCUUUGAGGAACAGAAGAGAAACUUUGAGAGGGAGAGAAAGAACUUCACUGAAGCUGCUAUUCGCCUGGGGCGAGAGAAAAAGGCCUUUGAGGAAGAUCGUGCUUCUUGGCUCAAAAAUCAGUUUUUGAACAUGACUCCCUUUAGACACCGUAGGAGAUGUUCCUCGUCUGAUGGUCAAAGUGCCUUAUCAAUUAGAAGUGAACCAGAGAUCAGGAUGUCUUCAGUUAACGGUCAGCUGGCCAAAUCAUCAACCUACACUACAUUCUCCACUCCCAGACCAUCACGGAGUGCUCCUGUGCCAUCCACAACUGAACUUUACCGGACACUCCGCCUGAUACCAGACAGCAGUUCCUCCAGACAUUCAAAUCGAGGACGCUGGCCAGAGUGCAGCAACAUCGAAGACGGUGAAACUCGGGUCAGGCCAACAAACGGACUUCGACCUGGUGACAUGAGUAUCUUCUCUUUGGGUGAAGACGAAAACAGCCUCACUUAAAGAACCUCCAGUGCCUUUAACUUUUUUUGCCACUGGGAUGGACUUUAGCAUCAAUCCAUGACUGAAUUCCAUCAGCACUAAUAAACAAUUUUCUUUGGACACGCACAAAUCAUACACCAAAGCUGAUCAAACAAGGAAGCCCUUUAUGAGUCUGCCAUUGUUAAUUUCUUUUUCCUAUGAACAGAUCAACACUGACAAUUCAGUUUGUAAGCUAUAUUUAGAGGGAAGGUGUCUAGCUAGCUGUAUUUAAACAUAUGGUAGUUGGAAAUUUCUUCCUAAAUAUCGAUUAUAUUGAAAGUAACUUUUAAAUGUUUACAUAUUCAUUAAGUGUAACUGUCGAUUUUAAUUUAAGAAUAUAUUGACAUUAGAUUGAUAAUGAUCUGCUUUGCAGGUGUACGUUUUAAUAAAGAUUUUUUUAAA